AUGCAGUUUCAAGUAGAUCAUUCCGCGAAUUUUUACUGUGUCAUUAAAAGCAUUGAAAGUUUGUUAUUAACAUUAAAAUCUGUUCACAUUACAGACAAUGUGUCCUGUUAUAUUUCGGGUGAAGGCAUCAUUUUAACAGUUGAACAUUCUCGUUCAGUAAAGGCAGUAGCUUAUAUUUUGCGUGGAUCAUUCCAGACCUUCAGAAUUAGAGACGAUGUGGUUAUGCCUAUCUUUGGUUUGUCUAUAAACUCUUUAAUCGAUAGUAUUACUGCGGUUAUGCCACUUUCUUUCGGGCCAUAUGAAAGUAAGCCCGUAGAAAAUAUAAUAAAGUUGGGUGAUGAAUCUGAUUAUUGUGAGAUGACAUAUGAUGGUGCAGGAUCCCUUCUCGGUUUAAGACGUUCGAUCAAAGAAACAAACCAGUUCGUACAAUGCACAAUAGUACCAUUUGAGCGAGAAGAGGAGAGUGAAGAGUUAAAGUUCGAUGAAACACAAGAUCCAGUGCAACUAAUUGUUAUUCCUGUAAAUACAAAACUUCUAACUCUCAUUGUCUUAACUAAAUUUUGGUACAAUGCUAGACAAAAUGGUUUAAAGAUGCCUUGGAAGACUUAG